AGCCGACAAAGGAGAGACAAAACAGAGGAUGCCGCUCCCGGGAACCCUGUUGGAGCCAUCGCUGACGGAGGUUGACUUUGUCAAAUCUUCUCUGCUUUCCUCCAUCCGGCCAGAUGGUCGCUCCUUUCUCGAGUCCCGGCCUCUCAGUGUCGCCUUUUCUUCAGAGCUAGGCUGGGUCGAGGUGAAGCUCGGUCAGACGAGGGUGCUGGCGACGACAUAUGCCUCUUUGGUCGCCCCACGCAGCGACAGACCCUAUGAAGGCAUCCUCGAGCUGAGGGCAGAGGUGCAGCCCAUGGCUGGCGUGCAGUUCGAGAGAAACAGGACUGGCGAGGAGGAGGUCCUCUUUGAGCGAGCGCUGGACAAGGCGGUGAGGCGAAGCGAAUGUCUGGAUCGGGAGGGGCUCUGCGUCGUUGCCGGCCAGAAGGUGUGGUCGGUGGUGGUGACUGUCCACCUCCUCAGUGCGCAAGGAUCGGCUCUCGACGCAGCCGUGCUCGCCAGCAUCCUCUCUCUCCGGCACUUUCGAAGGCCGGACGUCUCGAUCGAAUCCGACACUGGUGCAGGGUCGACUACUUCAGCAUCGAGAAAGGCUGCAUCAACGACAAAGCCCCGUGUCAUUGUCCACGACGUCUCGGAGCGCGUCCCGAUUCCGCUAGCCUUGCAUCAUCACCCGCUGGCGGUCUCCUUUGCCAUUUUCGACAAGGCUCACAUGGCCUCUGCCGUCGUGUCGGGGGUGGGUGGCAAGACGUCGACGGCCGCAACUACUGCGCCACAGGAGGGCGGUGAUGAGCUAGAAAACAUCAUCAUCCUCGUGGACCCCACUCCGCUGGAGACGACGCUGUGCACGAGCAAGAUGUACGUGGUGGCCAACGUCCAGGGAGAGAUAUGCGUGCUGGACAAGGCAGGAGGAAGGCCGCUGGGUGAGGGCGUGCUGCAGAGGGUCACUGAGAUUGCCAGACGGAGAGUCAAGGAGCUGGCAGCAGUGAUGGAGGCGGAGCUUCAAAGGGACGCCAGAGACCGGGUCCUCGAGGUGCGGUGAUGUUCAUGUCUGGUCACUUGUUGUACUUUUACGCAAUUUCAUU